AUGGCGCAGGAGCAGCAGCAACUCUCCGCAGGGCCUCCCCCGGACGUCGUCGUUUGCACUCCGGGGCGCUUGGCGGAGCACUUUUUUGGUCGAGGGGCGCACCUCGACCUCGCAGCUCUUCGCUGGUUUGUGGCAGAUGAGGCCGACCGCCUACUUUCACAGAGCUACCAUCGCUGGUUGGAGGUCUUCGACCGGGCGACGUCGCUGCCGCCGCAGGCACCAGGGGCGCUGCCCCGGCCCCGGCCGCAGAAAUUGCUGUUCUCUGCUACCAUGACCUGGGACCCGCGGAAGCUUGCGGCACUGAAGCUGCUGAGGCCCUUAUACUUCUUCUCCUCACGUUCUGGGCAGCACAGCACUCCAGCUCAGCUGAGACAGCACUGGCUGCGGUGUGCUGCUGCUGCCAAGCCAUUGGUGGUGAUGCACUUGUUGCAGCAGGUGCUGAAACAAGAUGGCGAGGACUCCUCCAACGCGAAAGUCAUCGUCUUCUGCCAGUCGGUAAACACGGCCCACCGGCUGACGCGGCGAAAAGCCCGUGCCAAGGCCAGGAGUGCUCUUCGAACUGGCAGGUAUUCCCAGGCAGCAUAUCGGCUGCUAGCUCAUCACCACGGUGGGAUGCCUCCCAAAACACCAGGAGCAUCAGUGUCAACGAAGGCGCAGGGUGGGAAGCAAAAGGGUCGUGGAGAACCCCCUGCGCAACAGAGUCGUGUGGAAUUUGGGCUUCCUCAGACCGUCGUCCAGGCUGUUCAAUCAAUCUCCACAAGAGCCACGCAGGACCUCUGGUCCACGGCGCCGAUGCCCUUCAUGGAAGGUACAGCCGAGCAGAACCUGCAGCGUCGUACAAAUAUGACCAACAAAUUGGCCAAGCGCUUAGCAGGCAAUGCUCGCGCCAAAGCCGACCUGGGUAUCUCCUUGCAGCAGUGGUUCCUACAACUGGGGCAACAUGCGGCUGGACUACUCUCGCAGGUUCGUGCGAUAGGCCAAAGACUCGAUGCAGAUACCGAGGUAGCAGCUGGCGAGAUGAGGGACAUCCUUGCAGGCCAGCCUUCAGAAUCCACUUCGGCGCAAGUGGACAGAGCUCUGGCUGCGCUCGGACCUGUAUGGGGCCCCUUACAGGAAGCAGAGGUCUUACAGAUUGCUGCCCGCUUGCGAGCUUUCGGUGCUACUCCUGCCAUAGGGGCCCCGUCAACGGAGGCACCCAGUGGUGUCGCGCCGCCAUCCUUUGCCAGUGGAGCAGUGAUGUCUUUUACCAGACCCGAGCAAACAAGUCCCGGUUCCGAAGCCAGCUUUGGUCCAGUUGGUUUAGGUCAAUCGGGCACUGCUGUAAGGGAACUGGACUAUGGUGGCCGUGGACGUCUUAUGGAUGGCGAAGACUUCGCCGUUUUCGAUGGUUUUCCAGAUCUCCUUGGUCGAUCUGGCACUACCACAAUGGAUUCAGAGUCGAUGGGUGGCGACGGAGGCCCUUCCGGCUGUGGUCGAGGAGGGCGUUGGCGAAAACGCAGUGGGGUCAUACCCGAUCGGCCUUCCAAAAGCCCUCGCCGCGAGGCCCCGGCCGAGCCGUGGCGAACCGCCGCCACGGGUCUCACGCCAGAAGCGGUACCUCGAGUACCACAGACGACCGUGGUGGAGAACGACGUGGAGCUCGCCGCCGAAGAGACGGGUCCUCCGGCGGCCGAGCUGAGCAGCCCCGCAACCAGGCCUACCGCGUUGACUUGGACCCAAGCUUGGCUCUAUAUGCUCAAGUUUGCAGCCGACAACGGCGACGCUGUCAUUGGAGAAGUUGCUACCAGCGACACCCAGGACCUUGCGAUGCCUCUGCCAAAGGAUGGUCUCGAGCCAGCAGCGGUCGUGGCAGCGGCCGACAAAGUCUGGCAGGAACUUGUGCAGUUGUUACGCGAGCCCGGCACUACCUCAGACUUGCUGGCCAGCCUGUAUCACAGCCUAGCACAGAUCCUCCACCAUAUUCGCUCCUCUCCUGGGGCCCUAAGCCAGGUGAGACAGGGACUCGUUGUUGCUGCCCAGAUUUCAGCAGGCAACCUCCUAGAUCCCUUCAGUUAUGCGCCAGCAACAGCUCAGGAAUGGCUUUUCCCCAACAUGCUGAUCGAACGUGGGGAACCGUUACAGGGGUUCAUAGCUGCAGCAAUGGCAGAGGAGCAUCAUGUCCGAGCUCUGUUGAUGCUCCCGUGCCCCUUUGCGUCCCAGGAGCUGAUACCGUGUGCACCUACAGGUUCACUAGGUGGGGGCUGUUAA